GCACGGCACCGAAACACUAGUAUUAUCUCCGCCUCUCUCUCUAGGGUUUAUUUUUGCUGAGUCAAAAAUUCCCAAUCCAGUCAAAAUCUUAUCACGUCUCUUCUCUGCGCCGAUCGGGAUUUUUAAUCUGUGAAGUAAGUUUUUGUGUAUUGAUUUGAUUUUGAGUGAGCUUGUCUGGAGUGAUGACGAAUGUUUCCUCGGAUUUGUGUUUUGACGGUGCUGAUGAUGAGUGGGUUUGGCCCCCGGGUUUUCGGUUCCACCCGACGGACGAGGAGUUGGUUCUGUACUAUCUGAAGAGGAAGAUCUGUAGGAAGAAGCUGAAGCUGGAUAUAAUCCGAGAGACUGAUGUGUACAAAUGGGAUCCUGAAGAAUUGCCAGGGCAAUCGAUAUUGAAAACUGGAGACCGGCUCUGGUUCUUUUUCAGUCCAAGGGAUAGAAAGUAUCCCAAUGGAGCAAGAUCAAAUAGGGCAACUAGGCAUGGCUAUUGGAAAGCUACUGGAAAGGAUCGCAACAUUUCUUGCAACUCUCGCUCUGUUGGAUUAAAGAAAACCCUUGUAUUUUACAGGGGCCGUGCACCCAAUGGUGAACGCACAGACUGGGUGAUGCACGAGUACACAUUGGAUGAAGAGGAGCUCAAGAGAUGCCAGAAUGUAAAGGAUUAUUAUGCACUGUACAAGGUAUACAAAAAAAGUGGACCUGGUCCGAAGAAUGGUGAACAGUAUGGAGCGCCAUUUAAAGAAGAAGACUGGAAUAAUGAUGAAUGCCAAGAUGUCAUUGACACUGUUAAGACAAGGGUUCCUGUUGAACAGCAUAAUGAGGUUGCUUCUGUUGAUAAUGUAAAAGUUAACGGUCAUAUUGAACCUUUAGCAAUUAAUCUUGAGGAGUUUAUGAAGCAAAUCAUGGAUGAACCUGAUCUUCAGCAGCCACAAGAUAUUGAUUAUAACUAUACACCAUCCCAGGUUGUUGUCGAUGAAGAGACCCAAAGUACUUUCUUGGAUCCAUCCUUCACAGAUGCUAUCUUUUUACAGUCAGUCCCUGUUGCUGCUAGCAGCCGGCAGUUUGGCGAGCAGGCAAGCUUUGAUGUUUCCCAGCAAGCUGCAUAUGGAAUGCAAAUACGUGAGGUACCUGAGGUGACAUCUGCCCCUGGUGAUGGUGGACGGGCACUUAGUGGCAUAAAUGAGGAAGACUUCCUGGAAAUUGACGAUCUCCUUAGUCCAGAGUCUACUUUCUCUAAUGUUGAGAAUCCGGUGCAGAAUUUUCAGCUUGAUGAGCUUGAUGGAUUGUGUGAGUUUGAUCUGUUCCAGGAUGCACAGAUGUUCCUACGUGAAAUGGGUCCUAUUGAUCAUGAAACAGUCUCACAUCCUUACAUGAAUUCCAUGGGGGAGGAUUAUCAGUUGCCACUUCCUUGCGUGAGUGCAGAUCAGAAUCAUCAAAUCAGCAGUAAUUUGUGGACACCUGACCAUCACAAUACCGAUUUUGUUCAUACAGUAUCACAUCAGGGUUCCCUCUCCGAACAAACGUCAGGUGUUGUGGUUUCUGACCCUAGAAAUCUGCCUACUGAAGUUAAUGAAAAUCAAGAUGGCAAUCAGGUGGGUGGUGCUACUACAUGGUUGUCUUCUGCCUUAUGGGCCUUUGUGGAUUCAAUACCUACUACUCCUGCAUCAGCAUCAGAAAGUCGAUUGGUGAAUCGGGCUUUCGAGCGAAUGCCUAGCUUGAGCAGGCUGAGAAAUAAUGCCAAAAUUUCAGUUGCUGUUGGUACCAGCGCUGGGGCUGUAAGAAGUGCCGGUGGAAAGAGGGGAUUCUUCAUCUUAUGGAUGGUUGGAGCCUUGUGUGCCAUCUUAUGGGUGUUAAAAGGAAGUGUUUAAUGAGUCUUAGGGAGAAGCUUCUCCUAAAUAACUUUUAUCUAUUGAGAUGCACUAAAUAAUUAAUUCAAAUCUUUUAACCCCCUCCCAAAAAUCAUGUGGUGGUCAUUUUUCCUGUUUGAAUAGCAAGUGGAAAACUUAAUUGUGAUCAGCCAUAACAAUUCUAAAUCAUCGUCGAAUAUAAAUUCAAAAGACUGGAAUAUUUCGAUC